GCAGACGCAAAGGAAAGUCCUCGUCCCGUCAAAAUGGCGGUGGUAUUCCUGUGCGGGCGCAGGGAGCUUCUCCGCCUGCUACGGCCCCAGCGUCAGUUUCAUAGCAUCGCAGGGCCCUCUCAGUUGCCCCGGAAACCGCGGACAGUUGGGGUCCUAUUCCCAGUCGGCCGGUGCUGCGGGCGCCCACGCUAUGCCCUCCUCGCGGCCCCGAGCCCGCGCGGCUUCAGUAUCUCAGCGAUCUCGUUUGCAGAAGCCCAGGUUCAGGCCCCUCCAGUCAUUCCUGCAACUCCCUCACCCACAGCAAUAACUGAAGUGGCUUCUGGAGAGACUGCAGAUGUAGUCCAAGCUGCUGCAGAACAGACCUUCAGUGAACUAGGGCUGGGGUCAUACACUCCAGUGGGAUUGAUCCAGAACCUCCUGGAAUUUAUGCAUGUUAACAUAGGCCUACCUUGGUGGGGGGCCAUUGCUGCAUGUACAGUCUUCGCCCGCUGCCUGGUGUUUCCUCUCAUUGUGAAGGGCCAACGAGAGGCGGCCAAAAUCCACAACCACUUGCCAGAGAUCCAGAAGUUUUCCACUCGAGUCAGAGAGGCCAAGUUGGGGGGAGACCAUGCUGAGUUUUACAGGGCCUCCGCAGAGAUGGUGUCGUAUCAGAAAAAGCAUGAUAUUAAACUCUUCAGACCUCUCAUUCUACCUCUGACUCAGGCACCGAUCUUCAUCUCCUUCUUCAUUGCCUUGAGAGAAAUGGCCAACCUUCCUGUGCCCAGCCUACAAACAGGUGGCCUCUGGUGGUUCCAGGAUCUCACACUAUCUGACCCCACCUACAUAUUGCCACUGGUAGUCACUGCUACAAUGUGGGGUGUUCUUGAGCUAGGUGCUGAGACUGGUGUGCAAAGUGCUGACCUUCAGUGGAUGAGAAAUGUUAUGAGAGUGAUGCCCCUGGCAGUCUUGCCCAUAACAGUGCAUUUUCCCUCGGCAGUGUUCGUGUAUUGGUUCUCCUCGAAUAUGUUUUCCCUGGUCCAGGUGGCUUGCCUCCGGAUUCCAGCUGUACGCACUGCACUUAAAAUCCCCCAGCGUGUUGUACAUGACUCCAGCAAAUUACCUCCACGAGAAAACUUCCUAAAGAGCUUCAGAAAAGGCUGGAAGAAUGCUGAAAUUACUCAUCAGCUACAAGAGCGUGAACGGCGCAUGCAGAAUCACUUGGAGCUAGCAGCCAGGGGUCCCUUACGACAGACCUUCACCCACAACCCUUUGCUACAACACGGGAAAAAUCCCCCUCCCAACACCUCUAAUAGCAGCAGUGACAAACCAAAGCCAAAGCAGCCCUGGCGAGACACACUUGGCUGAAUUCUGUUACCUGCUCGUUCUGAUGUUAACUCUGCCUUUCUAAAGACUUGGUCUUAGAACAAGAUUCGAUGUUGGGCCCUUGCCCCAGACUGAGAAACUGGGGCAUGGAGAUGUUCAUUUUAAACGUGGAUUCCACUAUAAACUCUUUCAUCCAAGUUAAAGAGUACUGGGGAGCCAAGUGAGCUUCCAUCCAUGGAAUUAGUCAACCUCUGUACUAUAUGUUGCUUCCUGGUACUUAUUAAAUGGAGAGCUGGAUUGUGUACUCCAGUGAGAUAAAGAACA